AUGUCCUCAACAGGUCCAUCCUCUUGUACAUCAAAGAGACAAUUUAAUCUGAAUGGAAUGCAAAAGUCUGGUGAUGUUAUUCUGGGAGGGAUCUUUAGUUGUAACUUUUACACUGCAUCUUCUGAUCUGUAUUUUACUUCAGAGCCAAACGAUCCCAUUUGCUUUGGAUUUAGUCAUGUAGGUUUCAGACAAGCCCAGACCAUGGUAUUUGCUGUUGACGAAAUUAACAGAAACUCCAAACUUCUUCCUAAUAUAUCAUUGGGAUACAAUCUAUAUGAUAGCUGUGGAAACCUAUGGAACGCAUUGAGUGCAGCUCUGUCUAUGACCAGUGGCAGCGGAGAGCCAUUUCAACUAAAUGAGACCUGUUACGGUUAUCCUCCUGUGCUAGGAAUUGUGGGAGAUUCUUCCUCAACACGUACUAUUGCUAUUUCUAGCAUAGUAAGCUUGUAUAGGGUACCAAUGGUGAGUUAUUAUUCCACAUGUUCCUGUCUGAGUGACAGGAGGCAGUUCCCAUCUUUCUUUAGAACUAUUCCAAGUGAUGCAUUUCAGGUGCGAGCUAUGCUCCAAAUUCUGAGGCGGUUUAAGUGGACUUGGUUAGGCCUGUUAGUCAGUGAUGAUGACUACGGACUCAACGUUGCCCGAUCCUUCCAGUCAGACCUGGCCCUCUCUGGGGGAGGCUGUCUGGCUUAUCUAGAGGCUCUGCCUAAGAGUAAUGAUGUAGAUGAUCUGCAAAGAAUUGUUGGCAUAAUGAAGAAAUCCACAUCCCGUGUGGUUAUUGCUUUUGCACAUGCAAGCAACAUGCUUAAACUCAUGGAAGAGGUGGUAAGGCAGAAUGUUACGGGCCUACAAUGGAUGGCCAGUGAAGCCUGGACUACAGCCGUUGUUCUUCAGACCCCCAGCUACAUGCCUUUUCUUGCAGGCACUCUGGGCAUUGCCAUCCGCCGGGGAGAGAUACCAGGCCUCAGGGACUUCCUACUGAGAAUACGCCCUGACAUGGACACACUCAGCAACCAGGACAACAAUUUAGUGAAGCAGUUUUGGGAGCACGUAUUUCACUGCAAGUUUAUGACCACUGAUAUGGAGUUUGAUGGGAAGAUCCAGGGAAAACGUUGUACAGGGAAUGAGAUUUUAAAGAAUAUAGAGACGGAAUUCCUGGAUCUGUCUAACCUCAGGCCAGAGUACAAUGUGUACAAGGCAGUAUAUGCCCUGGCACAUGCCCUACAUGACCUUCUACAGUGUGUUCCAGGGAGUGGGCCUUUCAAAGAGCAAAGCUGUGCCCGUUUACAGGGACUAGAGCCAUGGCAGCUGUUAAAUUACUUGCAAAGGGUCAAUUUCACAACAGAUUUUGGUGAUCAAGUCUCAUUUGAUGAAAGUGGGGAUGUUUUACCAAUCUACGAUGUGAUGAACUGGAUGUGGCUCUCAGAUGGAACCACAGAGGUCAGAAAUGUGGGAGAGGUCAACGAAUUGGCUUCAAGACUCGAUAAUCUUAUCCUUCAGGAAAAGCAAAUCUUUUGGAAUUUUGAAUCUAAAAAGCCUCCCAAGUCAGUCUGUAGUGAGAGCUGUCCCGCAGGCACACGCCUGGCCAGAAAGAACGGGGAACCUGUCUGCUGCUUCGACUGCAUUCCUUGUUCGGAAGGACAAUUUAGCAAUAAGACAGAUUCAACACAAUGUACCAGCUGUCCAGAGGAGUUUUGGUCCAACCCCCAACGUGAUCACUGCAAACCCAAAAUCAUCGAGUUUCUUUCCUAUAUGGAACCCCUGGGCAUCUCCUUGACCACUGCUUCAUUAUCUGGCACACUUUUAUGCACAAUUGUUUUUGGAAUCUUCACUCAUCAUCGGACAACGCCAGUGGUGAGUUAUUAUUCCACUUGUUCCUGUCUGAGUGACAGGAGGCAGUACCCAUCCUUCUUUAGAACUAUUCCAAGUGAUGCAUUUCAGGUGGUGAAGCAGAAUGUAACGGGCCUACAAUGGAUGGCCAGUGAAGCCUGGGCUACAGCCAUUAAUCUACAGACCCCCAGCUACAUGCCUUUUCUUGCAGGCACUCUGGGCAUUGCCAUCCGCCGGGGAGAGAUACCAGGCCUCAGGGAAUUCCUUCUGAGAAUACGCCCUGACAAUGACACACUCAGCACCCAGGACAACAAUUUAGUACGGCAGUUUUGGGAGCACAUAUUUAAGUGCAAGUUUGUAUCUCCUGGAAUGGAGUUUGAAGGGCAGACUCAGGAAAGACUGUGUACAGGGAAUGAGAUACUAAGGAAUGUAGACACUGAAUACCUCGAACUGUCCAACCUCAGGCCAGAGUACAAUGUGUACAAGGCAGUAUAUGCCCUGGCACAUGCCCUACAUGACCUUCUGCAGUGUGUUCCAGGGAGUGGGCCUUUCAAAGGUCAAAGCUGUGCCCGUUUACAGGGACUAGAGUCAUGGCAGCUUAUAUAUUACAUGCAAAAGGUCAAUUUCACAACAGAUUUUGGUGAUCAAGUGUCAUUUGAUGAAAGUGGGGAUGUUUUACCAAUCUACGAUGUGAUGAACUGGAUGUGGCUCUCAGAUGGAAGCACAGAGGUUAAAAUUGUGGGUGAGGUCAAAGAAUUGGCUUCAGAAAUAGAUGAUCUUAUCCUUAAGGAUGACCAAAUCUUUUGGAAUUUUGAAUCUAAAAAGCCUCCCAAGUCAGUGUGUAGUGAGAGCUGUCCCCCUGGCACUCGCAUGGCCAUAAAGAAAGGUGAACCUGUCUGCUGCUUCGACUGCAUUCCUUGUUCAGAAGGAAAAAUAAGCAAUGAGACAGAUUCAACACAAUGUACCAGCUGUCCAGAGGAGUUUUGGUCCAACCCCCAACGUGAUCACUGCAAACCCAAAAUCAUCGAGUUUCUUUCGUAUAUGGAACCCCUGGGCAUCUCCUUGACAACUGCUUCAUUAUGUGGUGCACUUUUAUGUUUAAUUGUUUUGGGAAUCUUCAUCAAUCAUCGGACCACGCCAGUAGUUAGGGCCAACAACUCAGAGCUCAGUUUCCUCAUUCUGCUGUCACUCAAAUUAUGCUUCAUGUGCUCCUUGCUUUUCAUUGGUCACCCAAGGCUGUCGACUUGUCAGUUGCGGCAAGCAGCCUUUGGGAUCAGCUUUGUGCUGUGUAUUUCGUGUAUCCUUGUGAAGACCAUGGUUGUUCUGGCGGUAUUCAAGGCCUCCAAACCAGGUGGUGGUGGUAGUCUGAAGUGGUUUGGGGUAAUGCAACAGAGAGGGACUGUUGUAGUUCUUACUUUAAUACAAGCAGCAAUAUGUACAACCUGGAUUAUGUCGUCCUCACCAACACCUCAUAAAAACACACAGUACUACAAAGACAAGAUAAUAGUCGAGUGUUUAGUGGGAUCGACAGUUGGAUUUGGAGUUUUACUAGGAUAUAUUGGAUUACUGGCUAUUCUAAGUUUCUUAAUUGCUUUCUUGGCCCGGAAUCUACCAGAUAACUUCAAUGAGGCCAAGUUUAUCACCUUCAGCAUGUUGGUCUUCUGUGCUGUUUGGGUAGCAUUCAUCCCAGCUUAUAUAAACUCUCCUGCAAAAUAUGCAGAUGCUGUAGAGGUGUUUGCCAUUCUAGCUUCCGGUUUUGGGCUGUUACUGGCCCUAUUUGGACCAAAGUGUUACAUAAUAAUCCUGAAACCUGAGAAAAACACAAAAAAAGCUUUAAUGGGGCGAGGAAAACCAAUAUCAUAA